UUGUGUUCUCUUAAAGCAUUAAUAAUUGGUACACAAUAUACAAUGGGGGCUUUACUUUUAUUUCUGUUUGUUUUUGCUAAUCAGGUGAUUGGUGGAUUCAAUAAAAAACUACCACCGCCGUCGUAUGGAGAUACAAUAAGCAUUCUUAGUAUUGAUGGAGGUGGUAUUAAAGGAAUUCUUCCUACGGUUGUUCUUGAGGACUUGGAACAGGCUCUUCAGAUUGUGUCAAAUGAUAAAAACGCAGCAUUGGCUGAUUAUUUUGAUGUGAUAGCGGGGACCAGCACAGGAGGAAUCAUUGCUACCAUGCUUGCUGCUCCCAACCCAAAUGACACUUCUCGUCCUGCAUUUACCACUCCAGAAAUUUUAGAAUUCUACCUAAAAUAUGGUCCUUCAAUAUUCAAUCAAACUUCUGCUAGUGGUUGGACUGAAGAUUCCCCCCGACCGAAGUAUGACGGAAUAUUCUUACGUGAUAAAGUAGGUGAGAUAUUACAAGAAACAAGAUUACAUGACACAUUGACCAAUCUUGUAAUCACAAGCUUCGACAUCCUGAAACUUCACCCAAUUGUUUUCUCAACGUUUAAGAAGGACGUUCCUGGCCUAGAUGCAAAAUUGGCAGAUAUAUGUAUUGGUACUUCAGCUGCACCAAGUCAACUACCACCAUAUCAAUUUCUAAAUGGUUUUAAUAUAUUCAAUUUAGUUGAUGGUUUUGUCACUGCAGCUAAUCCGGCAUUGGUUGCGGUGAGUGAAGUGAUACAAGAAUUGAAUGAGAAGAAUUCCAAUUUCAUUCCUGUGACGGCAAACAAGCCAACCAAAAUCGUGUUGUUGUCAAUAGGAACCGGAAGAAAUGGGGAAACUCAAGGGGUUGAUGCUAAUAUUGCACGAUUCAUUUCGGCUAAUAAUUGGAUAAAAGUUAUGUCUGCAGGUCUUGCUAUGUCUGCUCAACACAUGAAUGAAUAUCACCUCAAAGCAGUGUUUCCUGAUCUCCCAUCUUCUGAUAAUUACCACCUUCGAAUUGAGGAGUAUAACUUGGACCCGUCCAUGGGCGCUGAUAAUGUUACCAUAGAAAGCAUGGAAAAUCUGAUACAGGCAGGAAAGGACUUACUUGAACAAAAUGUUAAGGUCAUAGAUAUAAAUUCCUUUCUCCCACUCGAAAAACCAAGUGAGGGUACAAAUGCUGAGGCUCUUGAAAGGUUGGCUGAAACUCUAUACAAUGAAAAGCAGCUGCGUUUGAAAAGGAAAUCGAUGGAAAAAACAGGAGGAUCAUUUACUGAAGCUAUUGCAUCCCCUUUUCUAAUGUCUGGAAUGAAAUAGAUGACAAGUGCAUAUAUGUGCAUGCAUUUAUAAGUACGUAGGCUUGUACUAUGUUGCAAGUUCUCUAUGCAUGGUUUGAAAUAAAUUAAACAAUGGAUCUGUGUUUGUAUAAUGAGUGUUUCUAGUUUUCUUUUCAAUUGUAUUAUGUCUUGGCGUGAUUUUGUUUUACUUGGUAUUCCUUGUAAUACUUUUGCUUAUAUAAAAAUGAAUUUGGUCCUUUCCUUUA